AGGGUUUUAGCAAAUUAAAUGGGAUCGAAAAAAGCGAGCUCAAGACGUGUUAGAUAACAUAUGCGGCAGCUAGUACAGUGUUCAUACCAGGCCGCGCCAUUGUGGGAGUCGCGCAUAAAAAACAGAAAUGGCGCACAAAUUUCAACUCUAUGCGCCUUUAAUGGUGCACAAAGUAUCCAGAAAUACUUCGUGCUUGUUUACAAAGAUGUAUAGUAUAUUCAUGGCCUUAUGAUUACUUUUGUUGUAUCAUUUUGCUGUUGUAGAUUUGCAACAGUUAAAUUACUAGUCAAAAAACUUCUUUGUCUUAAGAUUUUGGAAAUGGCCCAUCCAGUUUUCUAAAUGGCCCCUAAAUUUUGGAUUGGUGGGCCCUUUGACCCCCUGAAAGAAAUUCCUGGUCAGAACACUGCUAGUAACUGUGAAUUAAUUAUCCCCAUGAUUCUUUUCGGUCUAGGCGCGUAGGGAUGAAGCCGAUCAAACGACAACGUUUAGUCAAAGGACUGUAUACAAUGCAGCAUUUUAUGGGUCACUCAUGCAUUGGGUAUUUUUACAAAGACGUUUUCUUACCAUGAGCCCAGAGUUAUGGUACAGUUCACGCCUCCUCUUGAUCUCCCCCUAAUACUGAUUUUUAUCACCAGUACCUAACAAGUGUCUAUGUUGUCUUAUAUGACUGCCACAAAUAAUCUUUUUUCACUUUAAAAGCUUCCAAGUUUGUCUUUGGGCGUGGGGUGCACACGUGAAAUCACACACAUGCAUAAUUUAUUCAAGAAUGUUUGUGACGACUUUUUGGUCACGCAAAAACAACGAGAUUACUAGUCGUGCAUUCUAAUAUCUACAAGACAACACCUUGUUCAUACCUUCUUAAAAAUCUUAUCUUAGCUGUUGAAAAUGGCUUCAAAGUGGGACAAUGAAACUGCAAAGGAUGUCAAGGACUGGAUUGUGCGCUUAACCAAGUGCGACUGGUCUGGGGGACAUAGCGCAGACGAUUUUCAUGAAGUCCUCAAAAGUGGCGUUAUCCUUUGCAACCUAGCCAAUGUAAUCAAGCCGGGGUCCAUCCAAAAAGUUAACACGUCGCAGAUGGCAUUCAAGAAGAUGGAGAACAUUGGGUUUUUCUCAGAUUUCUUGACAGCCUACGGUGUCCAGGACGAAUACAAGUUCGUCACAGUGGACUUGUUUGAAGCAAGCAACAUGCCACAGGUUCUUAUUGCUCUGAAGUGGCUGAAAAUUGAGGCCGAGAAGAAAGGAGUUAAAUAAAGAAUCGUUCCACUAUAUCGUACCUUCAAGAUAACUGACAUUACGUACAUGGCUUAAUAUAAUUAUGACGCCCGUUAGUUUAUUUCGUACUCUAAAGACAUAUUCCUUAGGUCCAAAUCAUCAAUAUUGAUUAAUAUCGCCCUUGGAGACAAUAAAAAUCUAUGAUAACA